UGUCACUCAACUCAAUUGUCAAAUUGGAAAUUGUACUUCGGUUCAGUGCAGUGAAUUAAUUUUAUUGGAAAUGAUAGAUUUGUAGUCCUAAAUUAGUUUUGCAAAUUAAUUCCGGUGCAGCUAUGGCUCACGUCAGUCAAGUGGUGCUCGACAUCGACGAUGAGGACCCGGCGGAAGGUCCUAGUCGAAGUAAUCCAAGUAAUCCUCUUCAUAGGAUGGACUCGGCUUCUCGGCCAAUUCCAAUAAAUAGGACCAAUCUAGGCCUUGGGGAUCGGCUUAAUAACGUGUUUAGAGAAAUCCGGCCGCUCGUCGAACAUGCUCGGAUGGGCAACAAUGCUAGGUUAUCACUGCCAACAUGGCUACCCAGGAAUCCCCCGGGGACUCAUCAAGCUACAGAAGGACUGCAACGGCCACAGAGUUCCAUAGCCCACGUAAACCUGGGUCCUGGAAGCCAGACCUAUAUAGUUAAUGAGAGGAGUACACCACUAACUCAGCGGCAGUCCAGCCAUGGCUUGAGUAACAGUGUGUCAAAUGACUCCAAUGUCUCUGAACAGGGACCUGAAAAUGCAGAGAUUAAUGUGUCAGUCAACCCGUCAAAUAAUAACAAUAUACAUGACAAUGCUGAUAAUGAUAGUCAGAGUGAUGAUGGGACGCAGCAGGUGGUAGACGUGCGAGCAACACUAAACUUGUUACUGCGUUACGCGCCCUUCUACUUCCUACUGUUCAUCAAGUACUUGUACGACAGUCGCGAGGGGAUCUUCACCUUCAUCAUACUGUUCUGCACUUUCGCGCACGGGAACAAUGUUGUCAAGAGGGAAAACGGUAAACAGAUGAACCGGAGCAUAAUGGCGUUGUUCUGUGAAAUGGUGUUCGCAACUGUCACCAUACUGAUAGUGGAGUACCUGUUUGGGCACGGCAAACUGCUGCCCAAUGUGGUGAUGUUCCCCGGGUACACGGAGCCCAUCGACGUGUGGGAGCUGCUGUGGCUGGUCGUACUCACUGACCUGAUUGUCAGGAUCAUCACCGUUGAUGUCAAGUUAUUCAUCACCAUGAUGCCAGCAUUUAUAUUGCCAUUCCAGAAACGAGGUAAAGUGUACCUGUUCACCGAGGCAAUAUCCCAACUGUACCGGUCGCUCAUCACCAUACAGCCGUGGGUGUUCUACCUCAUGCAGUCGUACGAGGGCCCGGAGAAGAUAGUGGGCAUGAGCCUGACGGCCGUGUACGCCAUCUCCAAGCUCAUCGAGCUGCUGGUGCGGCUGCGACUCUUCAAGAACGCCACCUGGACGCUGCUGCAGAGUGUGAACCUGGGCACAAAGCCCACGGGCGAGCAGCUGGGCUCCGCCGGCGAGGCGUGUCCCAUCUGCCACGACGACUACACGACGCCGGUGCGGCUCGGCUGCAGCCACAUCUUCUGCGAGCUGUGCAUCGCGGCCUGGCUCGACCGCGAGCACACCUGCCCGCUGUGCCGGGCCAAGGUCGCCGACGAGCCCACCUGGCGAGAUGGUUCCACUACAUUUGAUUUUCAACUUUAUUAGUGCGAUAAUACAGUCUACAUUCAAUUAACGUGAUGUUAGUUAACAGUUCUGCGAACUGUGCUAUCGCGGUAAAGUGGGAGGAUUAACUUUUCUGGCGACAUGGUUCCACUACAUUUGAUUUUCAACUCUAUUAGUGUGUUAAUACAGUCCACAAUAGAUUAAUGAGAUGUUAGUUACCAGUUCUGCGAACUGUACUAUCUCGGCAAAAGUUGGAGGAUUAACUUUUCUGGCGAGAUGGUUCCACUACAUUUGAUUUUCAACUUAUUAGCACGUUAAUACAGUCCACAAUAAAUUAACGUGAUGUUAGUUAACAGUUCUGUGAACUGUGCUAUCUCGGCAAAAGUGGGAGGAUUAACUUUUCUGGCGAGAUGGCUCUACUACAUUUGAUUUUCAACUUUAUUAGUGCGUUAAUACAGUCUACAUUCAAUUAACGUGAUGUUAGUUAACAGUUCUGCGAACUGUGCUAUCUCGGCAAAAGUGGGAGGAUUAACUUUUCUGGCGAGAUGGUUCCUCUACAUUUGAUUUUCAACUUUAUUAGCACGUUAAUACAGUCCACAAUCAAUUAACGUGAUAUUAGUUAACAGUUCUGCGUACUGUGCUAUCUCUGCAAAAGUGGGAGGAUUAACUUUUCUGACGGGAUGGUUCCACUACAUUUGUUUUUCAAUUUAAUUAGUGCUGAGAUAACGUCCACAUUCAGUUAAUGCGUUGUAAGUUACCAGCUCUAUGAGCGGAGGAUGAACCUACUUGGCGGGAUGGUUCCACUACAUUUGAUUUUCAACUUUAUUAGUGCUGAGAUAACGUCCACAUUCAAUUAACGUGAUGUUAAUUACCAGUGCGAGCUUUUUCUAUUUUGAGCUAGCUCGGCAUACUACUCAUUAUAGCGGAAAGCUGUAAUAAGUAACUCCGCGAACUAUUGAUCGGCUGAAGCCACAUUGCGAGCUGUCUAUCGCAACUUGCCUGCUGUGCACUUUGAUUGUCAAAUUUAUUAAUGCGUCAAUACAGUCCACACUCAAUUGUCGUAAUGUAAACUGAUUAUAUUUCGGGUUCUUGACCAUAAUAGUGAAUAAUGCUCAAACACGGAAAUAGCAUCAGCCGGCAGCGUUUAGAGUCUAGAGUCACUACUGGUGGCCGUUUUGACUAUAUUCUGAAGAUUAAAUACUAAAUGUGGCUGUAAAACAGACAGUCCUGGAUUAGCCUAUAAGCUAUUUAAGCAAUUGCUUCCUGGGGGGCACUAGAGACAACCAGCAAAAGAAACUAUUACACGAAAAUUAAAGCAAUUACAAAAACUGCGCUUUUAACAACACAAACAGAAAAGGGUUAACCAAUUUUAAAAGAAUUAACCCUACACCUGUUGGUUACAAGUCCCGGGCUCUGCUUGGAUUUU